AUGGGCCUCACCGAUGAGCGCAGCAGCAACCCCCUCAAGCAGGUGCUGGACCUGCUGGGGGAGAAGGUGGAGUGCGCGCGCUACAGCCAGUGGGUGCUGCACCCACCCGGCGCGGCGCCCUUCCCCGUCGUGGCCGACAGGGAUGAGUACGCAGCUGCCAUCCACAAAGCCGCGGGGCCGCAGGGCCCCUUCUCAGCGCUGGUUGACCGCCACGUCACAGACCCCUGGCUCAGCCGCUCGUACCUCUCCUCUUGA